UUAUGAUAAACUUAAUGAAUUCUAUUUAUAAUAUUAUACAUUAAUUUUGUAGGUCAGAUGGGGCAUGCAGACACCUAGCUGCAGCUCUUUAUGAGUUGGAGGCAUUUCAGGCCAAGUCAUGCACUGAUGGGGAAAACCAGUGGAAAAAAAGAGCUCGUAAGCAUGACAUCUCCUUGCCAGUAAGACAUCUUACUGUUACGAAAGCCAGGUAUGUUUGUGAAGAAGAGCAACAUGUACCAGGGAAACCCCACAUUGAUUUGUUUGACCCAAGGCCAUUGGACAAACGACAAACAAUGCAAGAUCAAGAAAAGAGGGAAUUUGGCCUUAAAUUACAAGAGAUAGCUGCAAAUGCCCAGGCUCUUGAUAUUUUGAUUAACCCUGAGGAUUUUCCAAACAAAAGUCAUCCUGAUCCAAAAUUGCAAGACCUCGAUCAACUAUCUAUUUCUUACAAAGCAAAGAAAUUCAUGGAAAGCCAUGCUGGAAACAUGGACGUUGAAGAUUUUUAUAAUUCCAUCAACUAUUCCAAAGAAGAUAUAUCCAACAUUAAUGAAUAUACCCAAGGACAAGCUACAAAUGAAGCAUGGUAUGAGAUGAGGGUUGGUCUUUUAACAGCUUCAAACUUUAAACAAGCCAACAAGUAUAUCGAUGACAAAAAAGAACCAUCAAAAUCAUUUAUGAGAAGCUUGAUGGGUGAAAAUCGAAUGGAAGAUCACGCCUUACCCGCGCCAUUAAAAUGGGGAAGGGAAAAGGAAAAUGUGGCCCGUGACAUGUACUUCAGAUUACGGCGUCGCCAACACAGAUGCCUGAGAGUAAAAGAAAAUGGGCUUCUUAUAAGUGAAGAGUUUCCAGUACUUGGAUGCAGUGUUGAUGGCAUAUGCACAUGUAAAUGCAUUCCUCCUCACCCACCAAAAAUAGUUGAAAUAAAAUGCCCUUAUUCUAUGCGUAAUGAAAAGCCAAAGGAUGUGGCAGUCAAGUCAAAAUGUAUUUAUGACAAAAGCUCUGGGACUUGGAUUGUAACUCCAGAUUCAGCAUAUUAUGCACAAAUACAGGGACAGUUAGGUCUUUAUGGUUAUGAAAAUGCUGAUCUGGUUAUAUACACACAGAAAGGAAUUCAUGUCUCUCAUGUUCAUUUUGAUAAAAAUUUUUUCUCUAGCAUGGCACAGAAACUUGUAUUGUUUCACAAGAUGUAUGUUCUUCCUGUGCUGUUAAAACAAUAA